CACCCACCGCGGGAGCACAGCAGCUCUCGUCUUCGUCAAUUUUGACUGCACCUCCCCGCCAGCCCCCCAAUUGCCAUCGCUGGGGCGCCGCUUCUACAAUGGCAUCUCGGCAGGCUGUUCAGGCUCUGCCUCUGCGCAGUCUGCUCGCUCGACAAUGCGCCUCCGCCGUCCGUCAACAGUCAAGAGCGCAGAGCUCCUCGUCCACCCAAGCUCUGGCGUACAAAGCUCUCCACCGCCGCAUCGCGCCGCUGCCGACCGAUGACCGUCCUCCCGCGUGGUCUGCGCAAGCCGCCGUCAGCAGCAUCCUCUAUGAGACGCCGCUCCCGUCCCAAGCGCCGCCGAAGCGACACAUCCUGAACUGUUUGGUGCAGAACGAGCCCGGUGUGCUGUCUCGCGUGUCCGGUAUUCUGGCUGCCCGCGGCUUCAACAUUGACAGCUUGGUCGUGUGCAAUACUGAGGUGGAUGACCUCUCCCGCAUGACAAUUGUGCUCCAGGGGCAGGACGGUGUCGUCGAGCAAGCCCGCCGUCAGCUCGAAGACUUGGUUCCAGUCUGGGCCGUGCUCGACUACACGCAAUCACCGCUUGUACAGCGUGAGCUGCUUCUCGCAAAGAUCUCCAUCCUGGGCCCUGAGUACUUUGAGGAGCUGCUCGCCCAUCACCGUGAGCUGGCCCAGAUGCCUGAAGUGGAUGAGGGUGUUGAAGAGCUCUCGGAGUCAGACCGAGAAGCCAUUGCCGCCGAAGGGGCUAGAGAGUCUCUAAGAAAAGACUUCCAUCCGAGCAAUCUGGCCGUUAGUCAAGCACUCAGGCACAAGCACGAGCAUCUCCGCGCCAUCACCUUCUUGACCCAUCAGUUUGGAGGCAAGGUGCUGGAUAUUAGCACGAACAACUGCAUCGUGGAGCUCUCUGCGAAGUCGACUAGGAUCGAUUCGUUCAUGAAGUUGGUGGCGCCAUUCGGUAUCCUAGAGUCUGCCCGGACAGGCCUCAUGGCGUUACCUCGUUCUCCGCUCCACGGGCCAAAUGAGGUCGAGGAGAAGGACGCCCAGGACGUCGUUGACCAGAGCAUCCUGCCCCCCGGUUAAAUGUACCAUCUAACUACUUUUUGGAAUCACCGCGAAUUCCGGCCAUGUCGGGCGUUCUUGCACUGUACAUAACGGGUUGGCGUUCUUCGCGGGCGGAAUUGAAAUGUUCACCUCUCUCUCUCUCUCUCUCUAAUGUAUUUUCCGCAGUGAAGUGGCAACCGAGAAGUAUCAGUUGGAUCAUCCUACAGUCUGCUAAGGGCAAAGUGCAUUAUCUAUCAUCCAUCUGGCGACAGUAUUACUUCACCUGCGGCAUGGGCUUGCGGAGCCGAUCACGCAUCCAUGUCGGAGGCUAAGCACCUGGGGCAGACGCUGCAGCUCCAGCGAUAUCGGGCAAACGAGCAUGUGACUAAAGCAUGCAUCCUGUGAACGUCUUCCGU